AUGCAGACGGAAAAAAUAAAGAUUGACCUCGAUAGUGGGACAAAAACGGUGGGACUUCCAAAUCUCACGGGGAUUUUGGGAUACCGAUCCUCCAACGGUACUACAUACAACCCACACAUCAGCGACCGUCCCGUAGAUAUCGGACCAGACGGAAGUCAGAGUGUCAUCAUCACCUCCCUUCCGAUCGACGGAACCAAGCCUCUUUUCGGAAUCGUGACCAAGUACAAUGACAUUGAAAGUCAG